UUUCUAUUCUCUACCUACGGAUCUUUCUUCGCUUCAUUCUUCACGUCUGAAAGAGAAAAAGAAAAAGAACAAAGCUCAUCAUGUCCUCCAAAUCUACCCUUACCUACGGGGCCCGCGCCAAAAACCACCCUAACCCACUCACCAAGAAGCUGUUCGAGAUCGCCGAAGCCAAAAAGACCAACGUCACCGUCUCAGCGGAUGUAACCACGACGAAAGAGCUUCUGGACCUGGCAGAUCGCCUGGGCCCCUACAUCGCCGUGAUAAAAACCCACAUCGACAUCCUCUCCGACUUCAGCCAAGAAACCAUCGAUGGCCUGCAGAGCCUCGCACAAAAGCACAACUUCCUGAUCUUCGAAGACCGCAAGUUCAUCGACAUCGGCAACACCGUGCAGAAGCAGUACCACGGCGGCGCCCUGCGGAUCUCGGAAUGGGCGCAUAUCAUCAACUGCGCGAUCCUCCCGGGGGAGGGGAUCGUCGAGGCCCUUGCGCAAACCGCAUCGUCGUCGUCGUCGUCGUCUGAUUUCCCGUACGGGCCGGAGCGCGGCCUGCUCAUUCUCGCGGAGAUGACCUCCAAGGGGUCCCUUGCUACGGGGGAGUACACGGUGCGGUCGGCGGAGUAUGCGCGGAAGUACAAGGGGUUUGUGAUGGGGUUUGUGUCGACGAGGGCGCUGAGCGAGGUUGUUUCGGAGCGGGGUGGCGAGGACGCGGAGGAGGAUUUUGUGGUCUUUACGACGGGGGUGAAUUUGGCGUCUAAGGGGGACAAGCUGGGACAGCAGUAUCAGACUCCUGGGUCGGCGGUUGGACGUGGCGCCGACUUUAUUAUUGCGGGGAGGGGGAUCUACGCGGCGGAGGAUCCUGUGGAGGCUGCGAAGAGGUAUCGGGAGGAAGGGUGGGAGGCUUAUUUGGCUAGGGUAGGUGGGAAAUAGAUUCCUUAAGAAUGAAUCAAUCAAUAAUAGGAUAGAGCUGUUUGGACUUGACUAGUUGGGUGCUCUGAAGCAGAGACAACCUGUAUCUAC